AUGGCUUCCCAGAUCGCCGUUUCCAGCAUCGGCAUGGCCCUGGCUGGCAAAACGGCUUCCGUUGAUAUUCCGAUGUCUCGCGACGCUGCGAAGGACAGCAGAGGCGGCUUCACUGUCGCAGCUACUCGUCCGGGACAGUCUGCUAUGCUUCCCACCCCUCCCAACUCCAUCUCUCCUACCCUGCCUCCGCAUGGCUUCAAGCACAAGCACGCCGGAGACCUUCCUCAUUCCCCUACCUCCGCUCCGAUGCAUGUUGAUUCCGACAUCGACCUCCAGGAUGCUGUCGAGCAUGCCAAAAGUCAGGACCAUCUCCAUGCAGCCAACACCCUCAACCUCGACAGCGUGGGCGCCAUCACUCCCACCAUGCUGGCCAAGUACCAUCUCCCCGAUAUCCUGCUAGCCCACGGUCCACUGGCUAUUCGCCAUGUCAUGGGUUAUCUCACGACUUCCGUCCCCGGCUUUGCAGGCAUCCCUCCUGCCAAGGCGCGCAGGCUCGUCGUGGGCGCGUUAGAAGGAAGAGGCAACGGUGGUGAAGGUGGUGGCGUCAGUGGAGACGUCAUCUUCGAGAAGAUAGGCUGGGGUCGCUGGGAUGCGCGUCGUCGCGGUCAACCACCUCGUGAUCGCCAGGCCUUCGCAUCGACGUCGCCACCGUCUAGUAUCACCAACUCCUACGGCGGCGUGCAAAUCCCGCAACACUCUACGUGGAGAAAUGCGGCUAGACCGACCUAUGGCACCAGUAUGGCUGACUCGGCUGUCUUCUCUCACUCCGACCUAGACUACGGCGACCACGAAGCCGACAAGAUGUCUUUGGAUGGCGACUCUCGCGACUACUGUUCUUCGUCCGAUAUGCCUGAGGAUGUAAUUCCUGACGACGAAUGGGACGAAGGCGAUGUCACGGAUGAAGAAGACUGGGCUGGUAUUGGCGCAGACGCGCUUCGAGCCAGAUCCCUAAACGGAGGAGGAAUUGUAAAUACACAUUAUUCUGUACAUGCACGCGCGCAGCGUCACCCUGGCGGUCCUGCGCCUGCUACCCUGGCGAAAUCUACCCCGGGCGGCGUUCCAUUUCAACAAUUGGGCUUUUCUAUCCCGGACGGUGUUGGUGGCGACCAAGAACGCGCUGCUAUUGAAGCGCUCCUACGACUGGGCUCGAUGUAA